AUGGAUUCAUCGAUGUCACAGAAGCUUACUCUUGUUUAUGCUUCUCUCCUCGGAGCUGGUGGAUUGAUGGGUUACAUGAAACGCGGAAGCAAAAUGUCACUAGUCGCCGGAGGAGGAUCAGCUGCGUUGUUCUAUUAUGUAUACACGGAGCUCCCAGCAAAUCCUGUCUUGGCAUCUUCAAUUGGCAUUGUGGGGUCGGCGGCACUAACGGGGAUGAUGGGAUCGCGUUACCUAAGGACGAGGAAAGUGAUGCCGGCGGGAGUUGUGUCUAUGGUGUCACUGGUGAUGGCUGGGGCUUACUUGCACGGCCUCGUUCGCUCAACCUGA